AUGGAGGGACCCGCAUACUUGCACGGUGAAGCAUUGUUAAUCCAAGGGACCAAGACUCGCUUUGUGAUUCUACAAGCCAGUUCUCUUCUCCCCAACCCAUCAAGCAUAACCAAGCUUCGCGAGUAUAUUGGGUUUGAAGGGAUAGUUUCAGCUCUAGAAACUGACCAAGAAAACGGAAUCCAAGGCGAUAGAAGUUAG